UCCCAAUCAGUUUCCCCAAGCCUUCCAGCACCCUUCCACCAAGCCCCGCUCCUCUUCCACCCCUCCCCCGCCCUCUCGUCACCCGUCAAUCCCCCGCGCCCCAUCGGACAGACCCACGAGGACUUCCGCAUUCCCCUGCCCCUCCCCGCGCCCUACCCCGCCCGCCGCGCUUGCAUUGCCUGCGCCCCGCCCCGCCGCGCCGAACAAAAAAAAACAAAGAUGGUUACCACAUCCACCUCGGUCCCUACCGCCGCCAACCCGCACGUCAUCCUGGUGACCGGCGGCUCGGGCAUGGUCGGUCGAGCCAUUGCCCAUGUGCUGGAUCAUCCGGAGAGCGACCUCCUCAAGGAGGGCAACGACCCCGGCAACAGCGGCGGCAACAAGAACCCCGGGGCCAAGAACCAAGGCUUCCGCCAUGGGGCCGAUCCAAGCCUCUGGGCCAGGCGCCCACACGAGAAAUGGGUCUUCCUGUCCAGCCGCGACGGGGACCUGCGAAAUGCCGAGCACGUCCGGGGCAUCUUCGAAAAGCACAAGCCCACACACGUCAUCCACCUGGCGGCCAUGGUGGGCGGCCUCUUCCGGAACAUGCGCUGCCAGGCCGACUUCUACAACGACAAUUCCGCCAUCAAUGACAACAUCCUGCGAGCGGCCCACCAAACCGGCGUCAAGAAGGUCAUCUCCUGCCUGAGCACCUGCAUCUUCCCCGACAAGACCACCUACCCCAUCGACGAGACCAUGAUCCACAAUGGCCCGCCCCACUCGUCCAACUUCGGGUAUGCCUAUGCCAAGCGCAUGGUCGACGUCUCGAGCCGGGCCUACCGAGACCAGUAUGGCUGCGACUUCACCACCGUCAUCCCGACCAAUGUCUACGGGCCGCAUGACAACUUCGACCUCGAGGACAGCCACGUCAUCCCCGGGCUCAUCCACCGGAUGUUCCUGACCAUCGACGACAAGCGCGACUUCGACGUCUGGGGCACCGGCGCCCCCCGGCGGCAGUUCAUCCACUCGCACGACCUGGCCCGGCUGACCAUCAGCUCCCUGCGCCACUACCAGGGGGCCGAGCCCAUCAUCCUGUCCGUCUCGGAGGAGGACGAGUUCUCCAUCAAGGAGGUGGCCACCAUGGUCGGCAAGUCCAUGGCCUUCAAGGGCAAGUUCAAGUUCGACACCACCAAGGCCGAUGGCCAAUUCAAGAAGACCGCCGCCAACACCAAACUCCAGGAGUUCAUGCCCGGCUACAAGUUCAUCCCCCUGGAGGAGGGCAUUCGCGAGUCGGCCCACUGGUUCUUGAAGAACUACGCCACCAAGGUCCGUGGCCGGAAGCAAGACCGCGUGGAGGCCGCCCGCAAGAUGUUCCAAGCCCUGGAGGCCGCCGGCCACUGGGGCACCCUCGGCGACCUGCCCAGCGACCUGAACUCCAAGUGCCCCGGCGGCCCGGAUGAGAUCCGCGACGCGCCCUGGGUCGCGGCCUCCUCCGGCGGAUCCGGCGGCGGUGGCCACCCGGGCAAGCGCGGCCGAUCCGGCCCCGAUGCCUCCCUCUCCGGCGGCAGUAAGCAAGCCCGCGACUCGGACGCCGCCAUGCAGGACAUGGACAUGGACGAGGCCGGCCGGGGGGCCGGCAGAACCGGCGCCGCCACCGCCGCCGUCGAGCACUCGGCCGACGGCCGACCCCGCCGGAGCGCCGCCUCCUCGGGCCCCGGCAGAAGCUACUGAGCCCGCAUAUAUGUGCCUGUGCGCACGGGUGGCGUCUCGCGGACGACCUCGCCACCUGGGGCACCACUCGGACGGCCAGGGGAGGGCGAGGGCCGGCCGGCCGGCCACACUCUCGUCCCUCCCCUGGGGGGGGGGGCACGCCCCGAGAGCAGGGGACACGGCGGUGGUGCUGUGAAUGCUUGUGAGCAGCCCCAUGCCUAGUCGUCCCCUUCCAAUGGUGGGCGUGGCGCCUUCGGGCUGGGGGGAAGGGGGG